AUGGCUAAUCCUGGCUCGUACCUGCAAUCACACUCAUUAGCACUGGCACGUCGGUUAAGACGGAAAGACGGCAAAGAUCUGCACAAACUUUGGCUUGAGCUGGCAGCUUACACUUACGGUGAACCAUGCUUUGAUACAGCCCAGGCCAACGCUAAAUUGAAUCGCUACAGCAAUGCUCUACCAGAUGAUAAUUCUCUCAUUAAGUUGUUGCGGCGCCCACCAACCAGUAGUUUGUCGGAAUACAUCAAUGCCAGCUAUAUGGAUGCGGGCAAAAGCAGACCUAACCGUUAUGUGGCGACACAGGCACCCAUGCCCAAUACAUACACCGAUUUUUGGCGAAUGGUGUGGCAGGAACGGAUGCCAGUGAUUGUCACAUUGGGACAGCGCAUUGAAGACGGCAAGGUGAAAAUGCACAAGUAUUGGCCAGAUGAGGAGCGCACAUACGCAUACAUUACAGUAGUGAACAUCAGCCAAGAGGAGGCUCUAUGGCCCACAGAGAUCGAACAGAAGCAGUUCAGUGAUCUCAGCUGCACUGCAGAGGUGUCAGACGCCAGGUUUGCAGAGGGUGUACACUCUAUGCCCAGCACAAACGACUCAUCGCUUAAACGUGCACAAGCUCAAGAACGCGCAGUUAGAUAUUUCCACACACGUACGCAUUCACACACCAGCACGAAUAUGAGGCCAGCGGCUUCAUCGAGUCAUGAGACUGACAUCAGAGAUGCCGACGAGGCCAAAUAUAGUGCCAGUCCGCAGUUGCCCUCCAAACACCCUAUCAAAUCUCAAGUUCCAACUUCGGUGAAGGGCUCGGGGAGGCGGCGACUGCCGACCGUGCUGAUAAAGAAACCUACCCGGCGCGGGACAUCUUCGCCGAAAAGCAGAAAUGUCGAUUUUGCAACUGCGGCGUUUACUGGCUUGAACGGCGGGCAAACAGCGCAUUUGCACGCACAGAGAGGCGGAGACACAUUAGAAAAGGGUGUGUAUAAUCGUUCUGAAUUGGCAGAAAAGGACUUGAAUUAUGAUGGAGAUUCUACUAAUAGCUUCGGCGCGAGUUUGCACUCCAGUGGCAGUGCGAGUUUGCCCGGCAGUGCCUGGGUGAGCCCGGCAGUCAGUAUAAGCGGGGAUAGUGCGAAUGUGAGCGUGUCUAGCUUGUGUACGAGUACAAGUAUGAAAGAGACGAGUCCGAGCACAACCUCUACCGCACCCGUAAAGUGGAACACGAAAGAUAGAAAGAAAAAUAAGGACAAGGGGUGUGCGGAAACAGGUGCGCGAGACGGUAGUACGAGCAAAGUGAAAGCUAUACAAUCGAAUUCGUUUGAUUUCACAACGUCGCUGUUGUCAAAACCCAAGUAUUCGCACAAGCACUCACCGACACGUGCGUCUACAAGCUCUCAAGCUGACACGCACUCAGAUGGGCACACCCCCAUAUAUGUGCGUGCGCAAAGCUCACCCGCUACCACGAGGUCAGGCGCAGCUACUGAUACAAGCAGAAGACGCAUCUCGCCCCUGUACAGUGCAGAGGUAUGCACAUCUGAAUGCAUCGGCUCUUGCGGUUACAACAGAGGUGGUUUGGGUAAGCAAAUAAACCUGGCGAGGCAGAAGAGUACGUACGAUUACAAUCGCUCUGCUUCAGGCCCCAGUUCACCAACAAUACUGUGCACACCACCAGACUCUCCCAUAUCACCGCGGCUCCGGCAGGAGCUGUGUUUUCCCUCGACUGUACUAAAACUCGUGAGGCUGGAUAGUCAAAAACGCGGUAGCAAACCCGACUUGCAACUGGAUACAACUGCUAUUGAGAACGCACCGAAGCGCAAGAAUGCCGGGUCGAAGACAGGUGCAAAUACAGAUACGAAGACAAGGACCCACACACAUGUGACCAAGGGCCUAUCUCCCAGAACCCGUACAGAGGCCGAACCUAUUACACCCAGAAGCCCUGUAGUGUCGUUCUUGGCCAGAAAGGUGUUCCCUACCCAGAGAUCCCUGCCUGUGAGUACAGUCGCGCCCAAUGCAGACGGUGACACAUGGUCGCGGACUAAUUUGAGCUACACGCCCAGUAUGGAAGCUGUUCGGAGAAGUUUUACCUACACUCCUAGCGGUGAGGCUGGCUCGGCUGUUCCUGAACGUGCGGCUAGCGAGCUUGAAGGCGAAGAGAACGGGAAUUCGUUUCUGACAGUGCGGUACUUUCGCGUGACAUGCUCCUUGGAUCCGGAUGCGGAACCCCUGAUUGUCACACAGCUGCAGUACAACAACUGGCCAGAUUUCGGUGUCCCUAAGUCACAUCUGGAGUUCCUGACCUUUCGCGAUCGGGUGACAGAGGCCUACAACCUCGCGUGUGAACGACACUGGCUACACAUGAUGCGCAUCAAUGCAGCGCGGGAGAAUGAAGGACAUACACGCCGCAGCGCCUCUAGCCCAGGCAGCCCAGGCAGCCCAACAAAGGAGAGUUUACCUGCAGAGGCGAGCGCUACGAGGGGCUCGGGGGUAAGUUUGCACUCGUCGUCAUGGUUACCCUCAUCGCAAUUGGUGUCCGAGGGAGCAAAAGAAACCAACCACGGCCCAACAGGCACACAUACAGAGACAAAAAUACACACUAAUAUAGAUACGAACACAGUGGGCGAUCCUGAAUUACAGUCCCAUACACAUGCCAAGGUCGGGAAUCUGAGCCUUAGGAAAUUGAGCAUACUUAGCAACGACUUUAAACCCGUGAGUAGUUUAGCGAGCAUUGCAUCUGGGGACACAUCAGCUGACUCUCCACCAGAACCGCUGCGGGAUGUGCUCUCACGAACACACUCAUGGCAGUCUAUUGGGCUUGCACAUGCUUAUGUGGAAGGCUCCCGGAAUAGGAGAAGCAGACAAGAUGAUGAGAUAUCUGGUGGCAGCGUUAGCAAUUCCCGGUUUAGCGCAGCCGACGAUGGUUGUAAAGAUGGUAAUAUUGAUCGCGAAAUUGUUGAAUAUGACCGCAAUAGUGAGAACUUCGCUGUAGGUGACCCCAGCAGUACUCAGUCGAUAAUAUUAGAAGUUAAGCAUGACUCAGAUGUUGCGAAGACCGUAGGUAAAAUGAUCUCAGCAAACACUGGGGAUGUAGUUUUGGAGGGAACGCCAUGUACUACUAUUCUAGCUCAGAGAUCGGUUGCCACAGGCUGUGGCUCUGGGGAAUUGGUCGAUGAAGGAUUCAGCGCCCGCUCAUCAAGGUCCUGUGAUAGCUUAGUACACACCGAGGCGAAGUACAGAUCAUUAUGUGACAGUUUAGUACAUGUCGGAACCAAAGGUAUGACAAUGCGUAAUAGUGCGGGGCAUAUGAGCACUAAAUGUAAAACACCGAGUGAUUGCAUAGUGUGGACUGAAGCGAAAUGUAAGUCGUCGAGUGACUGCAACUUGUUCAUAGAUGCAAAGUGUAAGGCAUUUUCAAGUGUGCAACGACUAUCGAGUGGACUACCUGAGCUGGUAAGAACACAAUUCAAAUGUAAAUCGCCCAAAUGGGCUUCUGGUUGCAUUACUGCGGGUACUUCUAGCCCCAAAGAAUUACAGUCCUCCGAUAAAGACCAAGCAUACGCCGAAAGACGCCAAACAAACGUCGGAAAGGGCCAAAUAUACAACGAGAAGUGCCGCCCAAACUGCUCGGAGCGCAGUGAGUCGCGCUCAGUCAUUGAGGCUUUCAGCGGGUUGAAGUCGCGUGGAUGGUGCAGACGGCCUCUCAGUAUCCCGGGGCGAGUAUCAAAGUCCGAGGGGAAUCUGGUUAAAGCGGCACAGAAGGCAUCUGCGCUUGAAUAUUCCGUUGAUGUGGGCCCUCACUCCGCGCUUGAUUUGACCAGCAACACUGGUGAUUGUGGAAAUGCUACUGAAGGGAAGUCGGAGAGUGGUGGUACAUAUGGGAGGCUCAAGCUUAAUAAGCUGAAGCGUACGAGAGCAAAGUCCGCCGGAUCUAGGUCGAAUAUGUUUUCGCGAAACUUGAGUGUGACCAUGGAACAUAAGAACGGGGGUAAUGAUGAGAUAGAAGAGAAGGGUGAUGAGAUAGAAGAGAAGGAUGAUGAGAUAGAAGAGAAGGAUGAUGACAUGAUAAGAUAUAAGACGAAAGGAAAAGGUAUGCACAGGCCACGGCGACAUAGCGAAGAACCCGUCCGCAGGGUUGGGUCGAUGCCCGUGGGGAGCGAUGUAUCGCCUGGAAUGAGAGGUGCGUACCAAGGGGUAGGAGAGCGUAUACGUGUAGAUCACGCAAAACCAAUAUUAGUAAGUUCGAACGAAAGGGGAAUUGGGAUACCAACGUGUGAUGUUGCACGCAAUGGAAAGCAUAACCUCCCGCCCAUAGGCACUGAUUGUAUCAGUGACGACAAGCGAACAGGGAAAACGAGCCAAGUUAAAUUUAGUAACGGAGGUACGGAAAAUGGAUGUCACAAACUACACUGGAGUGACGAUAAAUAUACAAACGAAAAAUUAAGUAGCUAUGAUAUACAAAGCAAUACAGGGAAUAUAAAAGGUGAGAGAUACCGUGCCGAUAGCGACAUUCGAUUGACGACGAGUGCGUCACGGGCGAGUUUGGAAGUUGAUAGGUUAGGCGAGGUGUGUGGGGAUCAGAAUGCCACGGAUAUCUGUAGAGGCUCGGAUGAAAAACGCUACGAAUAUACACGGAAAAGUGCCCGAAUUUCGACAGAAACUACCGAUCAACAGUCUCCACCAGAGGAUACCUUGCACACUAUUGAUGGACACAAACGAUCCACUUCAGAUGGGGGAUUUAUUGUUGCAGGCAACGAUACAUCGGAUACUACGGAGGUACGCAGUCACCCACAUGCGUAUGCGCGUGCCCAGAGCUACGCUCCUGGUUACUCGCGUGCACGCACACACUAUACCCAAGAACGUGUCACCAACGAUGCAUGCGACGAGGUGCUGAAUAGCACAAAUACCUUGAAGGAUAUGCGAGCGCCUGACAUCGCGCCCAAGUUGUGGAGACAUAGACUAUCUGCAAUAGUUCGGGAUAGUGUAAGCCAAUCGGGUGCCAGUGAAUUUGAUUGUGGGCGACUGCCGUCGCGGACCGAGCUCCCGACUCUGGAACGUACAAGAACUGUGAGGGGAGUGAACGUAGAUAUAGCAGAGCACGUGCGAGAACGAGAACUAAUAGACCCACACACCAGUGAUGGUGUAGGUCCGAUCGUACGGACAAGUGCAAUGAAAGGGUCGUGUCUAUCGAACCUGCAAUCGGCGAAGAAACUGCACGAGCGCGUGCCUGCACGUCGUACACAGAGCACACGGGUACCAUCGCCUACUGACUUUGAUCUCGAGAGCGACAGGUGUACGUUGGAGGGGGCUCGUAGCUCUCUUGGUAAAUGCACUGAUUCCUCGGCGCGUUACGCUGAAUCUGCUUCGGUAGUUUCUGCAGAUAGUGCCCAUACACGCCAGCCGGACUGGACUGGUUUGGCGACAGCGGGUGCCAGAACCGAUCUGAGCGCAAGUGGGAACGCUUCUUUGAAGAGCGAUGGUGGUGCCUACCCGCAUACAUGGGGUCAUGAUAAUACGGGCACUCACUCCUACACCCACGCCCAAGCCAAGCCGACCUCCACAUAUUCUCUCGACGCCAAUUGGACAAGAAGUACCGAACUUCUAUUUGCCCAGGCGUCUGCUACCAUGUCACCAUUGUUGGUACACUGCAGCGCGGGGCUAGGCCGGUCUGGGGUGUACUGUGCUGUGGAUGCGUGCCUGGUCACAGCGAGAGAAGACGGCGUUAUAGAUGUAUUUGGCCAGGUUGUGAGCAUGCGUCAGAGAAGGCCGAUGGCUGUGCAGACUGAGGAGCAGUUGAGGUUCAUAUUCGAUGUAUUGGACGCAUGCCCAUCCGAAACUGGGCGACCCUGAAGAAUAUGAAAUUCUGCUUCUUGUGUGCCACCCUGCAAAUACCAUACAUUUAGCAUUCAGUGUGCUUGAAUUUUCAGUUCUGCACAACGUUCCGCGUUGACAUCAAUCCAGCCGAAUGUAUUGUCAGACCACCACUUAAUAGCUAGCCUGUACAUGUGACAAUUGCCUCGACCUGGGCAUAGAAUAGGCUUCCGUAAUUGCCUGUUAUACGGCUACUAAGGUGAAAGAUCGCAAGUGGAUGAAAUUUACAGUGAGCACCACACGAGGGCUUCGCAAGUAACCGGGGUUCGGAUACCUAACAUUGUGUGACGUAUUAUCAUACACAUGAUCUAAAUUAGAAGUUAGAUUAGGUAGAUCAUGUAUAUUCUUGAUCUUCUCAACCAGCAUAGAACAGUAGCAUUGCAUAUUUUAUAUUGGCUCGAUAUAGAACUUAGGAACGCACAAGCACCUAUCUCGCAACCGUCGCCAGACUCGCAAAAUUAGUGGUCUAAAUGACGAACCGAGUUGCUGAGCAGACACUUGUAUAGAAAAUCGGUAUUUUCUGAACACUUUAAAGCCUGUCAGACUUCCGACUGUAUGUCUCCUACACCGGGGGCGAGUCUUCAGCAUGAAUUAUAGUAUACAAGUGCUUACGGUGCGAGAAAAUAUUAAAUAUUGGCAGCCAAGCGAUUGCCGUCAGACAGCUGACCUCGAUUGUAUUCUACGAGGUUGCAGUGAUUCACCCAUUGCGUCC